UCUUUUUCCUUAACCGGCAUUUCAUCACCACUGCCGGAGCCAUACAAAAAUCAUCGCUGACGAAGUUUACUUAUAUUUUAGUUUAGGUUUAACAUUACACAAAUACUAACAAACAUGCCAGGAUAUUCCGAUAGAGAUCGUGGCCGAGACCGGGACAGAGAUAGAGGCUACGGUGGUGGCCCUCAUCGUUUUGGAGGUAGCCGUGGCGGCGGCGGUGGUGGAGGAGGUGGACCAAAGUUCGGCAACCCCGGUGACCGUCUUAGAAAGAAACACUGGAAUCUGGACGAGCUCCCCAAGUUUGAGAAAAACUUUUACCAGGAGCAUCCGGAUGUAUCGAGGAGGCCUUUGCAAGAAGUUGAAAAUUACAGAAUGACCAAAACAAUCACAGUAAAGGGGAGAAACUGCCCCAACCCGAUUGUAAAUUUCCACGAGGCAAGCUUUCCAACCUAUGUUAUGGAUGUCAUCAACAAGCAAAACUGGACAGAUCCAACCCCCAUUCAGGCUCAGGGCUGGCCUUUAGCCCUGAGUGGGAAUGACAUGGUUGGCAUUGCACAGACCGGUUCUGGCAAAACUCUGUCGUAUCUGUUGCCUGCAAUUGUUCACAUCAACCACCAGCCUUUCCUGGAGCGCGGUGAUGGACCUAUUUGCUUGGUGCUGGCCCCAACUCGUGAGCUGGCACAGCAGGUUCAACAAGUGGCUGCAGAGUAUGGCAGAGCUUCUCGUCUGAAGACCACUUGUAUCUAUGGAGGAGCACCCAAGGGACCACAAAUUCGUGACCUUGAAAGAGGUGUGGAGAUCUGCAUUGCAACUCCAGGCAGACUCAUCGACUUCCUUGAAGCAGGAAAGACUAACCUGCGCCGUUGCACUUACCUCGUAUUGGACGAGGCUGAUAGAAUGCUGGACAUGGGAUUUGAACCACAGAUCAGGAAAAUUGUUGACCAGAUCAGACCUGAUCGUCAAACACUGAUGUGGAGCGCUACCUGGCCAAAAGAGGUGCGUCAGCUGGCUGAAGACUUUUUGAAAGACUACGUGCAGAUCAAUGUUGGGGCCCUGCAGCUCAGUGCAAACCACAACAUCCUUCAGAUUGUUGACGUGUGCAAUGAUGGCGAGAAAGAGAACAAACUCAUUCGCCUGCUGGAAGAAAUCAUGAGUGAGAAGGAAAACAAGACUAUCAUCUUCGUGGAGACAAAAAGGCGAUGUGAUGACCUGACCAGGAGGAUGAGGCGGGAUGGGUGGCCAGCUAUGGGAAUUCAUGGAGAUAAGAGCCAGCAGGAGAGAGACUGGGUUCUUAAUGAGUUUAAGUAUGGAAAGGCUCCCAUUCUGAUCGCUACAGAUGUCGCAUCUCGUGGUUUAGAUGUUGAGGACGUGAAAUUUGUCAUCAACUUUGACUACCCCAACAACUCUGAGGACUAUAUCCACCGAAUUGGCAGAACGGCCCGUAGCCAAAAGACUGGCACAGCCUACACCUUCUUCACGCCCAACAACGUGAGACAGGCCAGCGACCUCAUCUCUGUUCUACGUGAGGCCAAUCAGGCCAUCAACCCCAAGCUCCUCCAAAUGGGUGAAAUCAGAGGAGGUCGUUCAAGGGGAGGCAGAGGUGGUGAUUUCGACCGCAGCCGGUAUUCUUCUGGAAGGCGAGAUUUUGGCAGAGACAGGGAUAGCUUUGACAACGGACCAAACAAAAGCUUUAGCACAAAUACUCAGAACGGAGGAUACGGCGGGACCGGCGCUGCUACUAAUAGUUUUAGUGGCGGCUACAAUGGCAAUGGACAGCCAUUUGCUAACCCGGCGGCAUCCUUCCCCCCGCAGAACAACUUCCAAGCCCAGCAGAAUGGCGUAAGUCACCCCCCAUUCCCCUUCCCCCAACCACAGCCCCCUCAGCAGCAUCCGCCGCAGCCGCAUCCACCCGGUAUUGCGCCGUACCCCAUGCCACCGCAAUUCCCUCAGUAAACAUGCAAAAUAAUUUAUUGCUUUUUUUUGACAUUAGUUACCUUCCUAAUACAGGUUUCUUUUUUUUAUUUACAAAACGGGGUUAAACAUCUUUGACCUAGUGAGCAUUUUAAGAUCUGCAGUGCAAACAGCGUUGCACAUUUCCCCCCCUCCCCCUUUGCCACUCUUGCUAUUUAAUUUGUUACAUUCCUUGGUAAUGUUAGUUAUGUUUUGUACUAAGUAAUUUCAGGAGUACUUUCUUUUCAUGCGUAUCCUUGAAAGUGAUGUUACCUCCCGUCAUGGAAGUGCACUGCAUGAUCUUUACAAUAAAAAAUAAAACGACU